GCAUCAGCUUGUGGCAGAAAUCGUUCGGAUCGUCCAUGACUGCCAGUGGAAGGGAGGGGAAGUAACUACUGUUUUCCAAGGAUUUUCCACCGGAAUUUCCACAGGAUUUAUCUUAGGAACUACCCUGAAAUAUGGUCAGAGAAACUAGGCACUUGUGGGUCGGGAAUUUACCGGAUAACGUGCGCGAGGAGCGUAUCAUCGAACAUUUUAAACGGUAUGGGAGGAUUGACAGCGUGAAGAUUCUUCCCAAGCGCAGUUCGGAGGGUGGACUCGCAGCCUUCGUAGACUUUGUUGACAUUAAAUCUGCCCAGAAGGCCCACAAUGGGGUCAACCGCAUGGGCGACCGGGAACUGCGCACAGACUACAACGAGCCUGAACGUGCGCCGGGAACCGUGGUUCAGAUUCACGAAGAGGACCCGGCUACGGUGCGCCAGCGGGAAAUGGGGUACCGGGAGGGCGGCCAUCCUUACGGCCCUGCGUACGGGCGGUACACGCGCUUCGAUCGUAGGUCGGAUGGGAUGCCUGACGACCGAGGAUACGACCACAGCCCAUACUUUUACGACCGAGCGUACGACCGCCGCCACUUGGGUUACGUAGAAGAGGACCCGUACCAGCGCGGAAGACACAUGGACUACGGGCCGCGUGCGGCGUACUAUUCCGAUAAAGGGCGAUUGUAUGAACAAGGUCGGUACAGUCAGGAACCCACGCGACAACGUAGCGAGCUACGGGAUUACCCGCGGGAAACUCGGGAACAACAGCACUCGUCCCGCGGAGACAGAGACUCUCGCGAGCCGCCGCCCCCGCGGCCGGAAAAGUACGCGGACCCCGCGGAGGACAGUAGCAGCAGCAGACACAGCCGCAAGCCUCGCCGCUCGCAGGACGGCAAGAAGAAGUCACGCAAGUCGCGCUCGAAGAGCGAGAGUGGGUCCAGCAGCGGCAGUUCCUCCAGCAGUUCUCACAGCAGCAGUAGUAGCUCCAGCAGGAGUCGCUCCAAGAGCAGUAGUUCCAGAAGUAGCAGUAGUAGCAGCAGCGACCGAUCACUCAGGAAGGAGGGAAGAAGAGAGAGACAGAUAGACAGAUAUGAGAAGCUGGAGGAGCCGCGGUCUUACGGACUCUGUGUCAGAAACUUACCUGUCAGAUCCUCAGACACCAGCCUAAAAGAUGGACUGUUCCACGAGUUCAAAAAGCACGGCAAAGUCACGUCAGUUCGCGUGGUGGGCAUUGGAGAAGACCGGUAUGGACUGGUGUUCUUUCGUCGGACGGAGGAUCGGGACAAAGCCAUGGACGCGUCGAAAGGCAAGCUGUUCUUCGGUGCACAGAUGGAACUGUCUAUCUGGGAUGGACCAGAAGAAGAGCGAGAAGGGGACUUGAGACCAAAAGAGGAGCUUUUCGAUGAGUACCAUCCGAAAGCGACGCGCACGCUGUUCAUCGGAAACCUGGAGAAAUCCACCUCCUACUCAGACAUCCGCAGUGCUUUUGAGAAGUUUGGGGACAUUGUGGAUAUCGACAUCAAGAAGCAGCCCAGCGGAAACUCCACCUACGCCUUCCUCCAGUACAUGGACAUCACCAGUGUCGUCAAGGCCAUGCGCAAAAUGGACGGGGAAUUUCUCGGGAAAAGUAGGCUCAAGCUUGGUUUUGGGAAGAGCAUGCCCUGUAAUGUGGUGUGGCUGUGUGGCAUGUUGGACAGCAUGACAGAGCAGCAGCUGGGAAGACACUACUCUCGACACGGGACCAUCAACAACAUCGUGGUGGAUCGCCAGCGGUCGGCCUGCCUCCUGUUCUUCGAGGAGACCGAAGCCGCGCAGUCAGCGGUGGGAGAGGCCAAAGCAAGGCCGUUUAUGGGGAGGAGGCUGAAGGUGGACUUUGCCAACCGUGACAGCCAGCGGGCGUUCUUCAGCUCCAUGGAACAGUCGGGGCAGACCGUCGAUCGGGAGCCCCGCAGAUUUCUGUACGAGGGGGAGCCGCCGCCGCCGUACGAGAGAUUUCGGGAAGCGGGCACAGGCAACAGAAGAGGGUCCUUCCCAGUCGAUGCUCGGACAAACAACCGAGGCGGCUACGCGUUCUACGACAACGGUCGGGGACAAGGGGACUACACCAUCAUGCCCCGGAGACCGCUAUACUCUGGCCGCGGUCGCGAACAAGGCUACGAGGAAUACUACGACUACCGGGCGGCGUAUCCACCCGACCGGCGGCGGAGGUACCCCGACGACUACGAAGGGCCGGAGCUGUACUACGCGGACUCGUACGAACAGGAGCUACGCGAGUACACCGGGUAUCGCCAGAGAGAGAGAAGAGCGGGUAGCGAAGACGGUUACAGCCAGAGAGAGUCGUACAGCCCGCAGUCUCGCCCGAGAAGUAGGAGCCACAGUCGCAGCCCGGGGCGGUUGUCGUCCCGUGAAAGAAGAAGUCACAGUAUCGAAAGUCGCAGCGUGGAUUCGCGUCGCCCCGCCCGUAGCCCGAGCACUGACAAGCAGAGCACGCAGAGUAGAAGUCCUGUAGGGUCGUCCGAGGACAGGAAACCCAGGAAAAAGGAGAAAAAGGACCCCAUUCUCAGUCCUGACACCAGCCCAGCCCGGUCUAAGAGCCCAGUUCCUGUCAAACCAUCUAAACAGGAAACGAAGAAGCUGAAGAGCAAGAUCAUGAACCUCAGUAAGGCGAAAAGCCCCGACGCUGCUCCUGCACCCAGCAGAAAGGCAAAGCUUCCCGUCGAAGAAAUUCUGGAGAAACCGGAAAGAUAUCGGGUUGAAAACGAGGAAGCGGAGCAGAUGGUUUAUAAGAAAAGCAAGAAACACCUUCAGAUGGAGGCGCUGGCAAAGGCGAAAGAGAAAGAGCGAGAGAAAGAACGGAUAAAAGAGCUAGAAGCAGCUAAACUUGCAAAACAAGCAGAAGCAGCUAAACUCGCAAAACAACCAAAGGAAAGUAAAGAAGUGGAGAAACAGUCCACGUCAGAACAUGUACAUAUAGCAGAAGAGAAGCUGGACAGAGUACAGCUUAGAAGAAGUUCUGUUUCAGCUGACUCUGAGGGUCAGGUGAAGACAAAGAAACACUUAGAGACGUCUUCAUCCGAUGGCAAGUCUCACGAGGAAGAAGAGGAGCUACGGAAGAAGCUUGAAGCUCGUAAGAGAAGAUUUGCAACGGAUCUCAUAAAGGAAGAUCAGGACAAAAAAGUUGUUAAACACGAAAUGCCAAAGGACCAGAAAGAAAAAGGUGGAAAUGAAAAAGUUAGAAGGCAAUCAGCUGAAAAACCGUUAGAAAAACGUGUGGUACUCUCCGCUGAGCUCCAAGAUCUUAAAGAAAGGGUCAGACACGAAGAAAAGGCUCACGAUAAGACAACCAGGGAACAUAAAGAAUACGAACUCACGAAGAAGCUUGAAAAGCUGGAAAGAAGAGAGCCAAAAUCUGACGCCCAAAUGCAUCCGAAGGAUGAAAUGGCAGAGUUGUCUGACGUCGAAGAGCUUCAGAGAGAGAAACUUCGCAUCCAGAAGCUUCUGAGGCAGCUGGAGUCAGGAGGGAUAGAGAGUCCUCAGGACGGGCUUCCAUCUGAUGGGGCCAGAGUUGCACACGAACAACUGCAAGAGCUCGCCAAACAGGAACGGCAACUCAAACUGCAGGCAGGAGUAGAGCUAUCCCUUCACCUCAAGAUGAAGUCCAACUCUCAAGAGAAAGGUGCUCCCAAGUCCCCGGUUAGAUCGCCGCCCCCGGUAAGAGCUAAGUCACCGGGCGUCUCCGCAGCCGGUGGUUCAAAAUCACCUGUAAGCUCGGCCGUCGUCGACCCUUUCAUUGCCAAGCAGCAGAAGGAUUACAGAAGUCGCAGGAAAUCCAUGGAGGAGAAACUGGGAGUCAUCGUACAUGCCAAGGGGAAGGAGGAGGGAGGGGAACUUCAGGGCGUCGAGUCAUCAAACACAGGGAAAGAAGAUGUGUCAAGUGUGGAACAAAACAUCGACACGAGUCAGGGUCUGAGGAAACAGAUGGAAGCAAGUAGGCGGGCACGUCAGCAGCAAAACCAGAACUCCCUUCAACAAGUGGAGGCAGAGGCGAAGGCAAAGGCGGAAGCAAAGGUACUAAAAGAGAAGCGGCGACCCCUGUCUCUUUCGUGGGAAGAAGACGAGAGUCUCAGUCUCGCCUUCGAAGUCGGGAAGUCCCCAGAAGACAUUUCAGUUGUGCCAAAGAUUUCUUCUUUCUUCACCAAGAAGAGGAAGAAGUUCACAGAGGGUGAGGUCGAGCCAUCCUCGAGCAGUGCCAAAAAACGCAGCUAUCGCCACGCAAGGCUGGACAGUGAUGAUGAGGCUAUGAUACCAGGAGUGACCACCUCCAAACCUGGCAUUUCUGCCUCUACAACCGGAGGGGUCAGUUCCUCCAAACCUACGGUUAGUUCGUCCAAACCUGAGACAACGGUAGUCCUCGCGCAGCCCUCCUUCCCAGAACCCGCGCAAGUCAGCAGCAGCCAGAGCCCGGGUCUUCCACUGCCCCACUUAGUGGAACCCUCCACUUCCUCUUCCCAGAGGGAGACAGCGUCAGCUUCAAGUAGUGCAAUGUCGACAACGUCUAAGGAAGAAACGUCAAGCGUGAGCACCUCAAGCGAUGUCCAACACAGCCUUGUUCCGUAUGAGUUAGAACCGGAAGCCGGCAGCUCCAAAAUGGACGGAGGCAGCCAACCGGUGUCGCCGGAUCCCCGCCCGGCGUCGCCAGAGGGGAGGACAAGGCGGCCCAGCUUAGUCCCGUACGAGGAAGAGUCUCCAGCCAUCAGCACAGUGUCCACAUCACAGUCGGAAACAAGCGAGAGCCCAAGCUCGUUACGUGAGGAGACCAGACAGUUUCCGACCAGCGCGAUGGAAGUACCAGUGGUCGACAGCACCCCAGCUGUGGAAGUUGAAGGCAUGAUCACUAUGGCUUCGUCCGGUGGAAGCAGCGAGGUUCCUUCCAUCAAUGUCCCACCAACAACGACAUCCAACCAGCUCUCAGCUGAGGACCAAGCCAUGACAGAAAACCAGGCCGCUGUAGAGGGCAUCACCAUGCCUAACUCUACAUCCUCCCAGGAGAGUAGUCUCCUAUUCAGCCACCCUGCCGUGGUACUGAAGCAGGAAGAUCGGGAGGCAGAAAUGUCUGAGGCGAAGACUGCUGCAGACGACCUGUUACAGGCUAUGGGGAUGUCGCCUCCGUCCAUGAGCUCUCUCGAACCCGAGCCGUCCACAUCAAUAGCUUACAAGCAGACAGUGGUGGAGGAAACACGACCGGAAACCCCGGAGACGCCAGACGCGCAGCCUCCUGUGUUAGAGAGGAAGCCGUCUUCAGAAGACAUGCAGAACGACCCGUUAGCGGAACCUUCUGAGCUGUCGCCAAAACCCAUGCAGUCCCGUGACGAGCGCUUCUCUCACUGGCCCACUCAAGUCUGUCACAGUGCGGAGAGAAAACCGCCUUUCAUUUCAUCGAUACAAGAAUCUUCGAACGCAGAGUCUUCAACAAUUAAAAUCGAGUCUCAAGUCGACCAAACUCCUGAAGGAACUGUACAGAGCAACAAGGCAGAACUUCCAGAUGAAGGGCAAGGUGAAAGUAGUGUCGUAAAAGUUAAACAGGAGGCUCAAGCUUCAAUUCCUGUGCUGUCAAAACGUGAAGCUCCUACUUCCACCUAUCCUAGCACCUCGGUUACAGAUACCAAACCCCCGGCCGCCCUGUCCUCCCAAAAACAGACAGAAAGCAAACUACAUCAAGCCAGUGUGGAGCUGCCCAAGCCGCAGCCAAAACCAAAGGUUCUCAUCGGUCGAAUCAAGAAGAAACCAAAGGUGGAACCCUCGCCUUCAAAUGAAGAGCAGAAGGAGAAAGAGAAGGAAGAGGAUCGGCUGAAACUCUUGCAGCAGAGAUUUCGUAGCAGCAUCUUCGAGCAGGAUGCCCAGCGGCUAGAGCAGUUAAACAAGAAGUACGACGAUCCGUCGCCGGAUAUCAAAGUCAGCUUCCCAGCACCAGAGUUCAGAUUUCGCACCAAAGCAGAGGCUAAGGAGAUGCCGGCUGAGCUAAUGACAGGUGGGAGACCGCGGAUGUACCCUCCUUAUUCUGCAGUCUCGCCCGUGUCUUCGGGCGUUUCCACCUCUACAGAAUCGCCAGCUGGUAAAAUCACCCUGUUCCCACGGAGGUCGUCCAAAUCAUCACCGGUCAAGAAAGAGCUACCCCAGGCGUCGUCUUCCUCGAGUCACGGCAAGCGUUCGUAUAGUCGGGAGUCAAAUGACGAAAUGUCAGUUAAACCCAUGGACACUUUGAAAACGGUGGAGCCUAAGAGUACUGAUGGGUCGCCGAAGCCACAAGAAGUCAAACCGCCCAUCCACGAUAGCAAGCCUGUGCUCCAGGAAAGCAAGCUUCAAGUUUCGGAGGCCAAGACCCCGGAAGUAAAAGUGGAGCAUCCUCCCAAGAGAGAGAGACACCGUUCUCCUAGCCCAUCCAGUGGUGCUGAGAGUUCUGAGGCUGUCACGAUCAAACCAAACAUCAAAGGGCAAAAACAACCCGGACGGAAGUCAGGAUCAAGGAAGGUUGUAGAGGAACCUGGACCCUCAGAGUCCUUGUUUUCUAUAGCUUCAAAGACAGAAGAGAAAGUUGAGAAGCUCAUUCUCAAGAGAGAAAGGGUAAAGCGGGUUGAGGAAGAUGUGAAACCAGAACCUGAAGUCCGAACCAGCAAGAGAAGGGCAGAGAAGGAGAGGAAGCUUUCCGAGACCAAAGCAGAGUCGCCCAAACAGGAGACGGAAAAAGAAGGCCCCAUCAUCAUGAAGUUGAUUCCAGGAAAGGCUGAGAAAAAGCACAAGCAGAAAGGCAGAAGAAAAACACAGUCACCCCAACCAGCUGUAAAAGAGGAGACCUUUGUGGAUGAACCAACUCCGGAUGUUGAAGUGAGGUUCCCAAAGAUAGAGAAACUUCGAAUCAGGAAAGGGCAAAGGGUAGAGGUAAUCGAGGAAGACCCAGAAGACAUACCAGACAGAGUAGUAAAGGUGGAAACUCCAGAGAAGCCUGAAAGAUCUGGCAAGUCCAAGAGGGGUCGAAAUAGAGGGGAAUCUAAGUCUGAAGCAAAGUUAACACAAAUGGCAGAAGCCGAGGAAGACUUCAAGCCGUUAGCUAUCAAAACAGAAGAACCAGAAAUAUCAAGUUAUGAAUCUCCCACUAAAAGGACGAGACUCGAUAGAUACAAGCAAAAUGAUAACUCAGAAGUUGAAACAAAAUCAAAAACUACCGAGCUAGAGAUGAGGAUGAAACACACAACAGAGCAAGAUACUCUCAUUACCAAGCAGGAAGAUGUUGAAACUGCUAAAGGAAGACCUAGUGUUGAACUCAAAGGGUGGAAGAGCAAAGCAGAGAAAAGGGAUGUAGUAAAGGAAGAGCCAAAGUUUGAACCUGAAGCCAAACCUCCCAUUGUUGAGCAGAAGUCUCCCGUAGCAGCUACUGCCAUCCCCACACCAGAAGUUAGAACAAGCACCCGGGAGAGGAGGCCCAGACUUGCCUCACAGAAGGGCCUGGAGAGAAGAGGGGACAUUUUCGACUUCGAGCCAGACGAACCCGAGUCUCCCAUUCCAGAAAGGCCGAAGUCGACAAGAGGAAGGAAGCCCAAGUCACUGGGCGAGGAGCAGAGCCCUGCCAGAGGGUCCAAGUCGCCAGCAAAGUCUCCGUCCUUCCAGAUGCCGUCGCCCCGCCCCUCCACGGAUGAGACUCCUCCCGCCGAGGAGAGAGAGCGGCCGAGAAGGGGGCGGCGGGCACGGCGUUCGUCCCGGGCAGCUCAGUCUGACACCUCUGCUAGCGAGUCGGAGCUGAUGGACACCAGCAAGACGCCGGAGAGGGCGCUGGGGGGGAGGGAAGCGUCCCCACGAGUUGAACCCGAGCCGGUAACCAGGGGUCGGGGGCGUCCGCCCAACUCUGUGGCGCAAGAUCCGAGCCGAGAGGACCCCCAGUCCUCCCGAGCCGAGGAGCAGGCACCUUCGUCCCCAGACACCUUAGCAGAGGUGAUUGAAGGGGUUGUCAGAGGAGAUAAUGUCGCCAACGACCCGGUGACGUCGACAGCAGAAGAGGCCAUCAUGUCCCAGUCUAACCUGAGCGAGAAGGCCCAAGCGGUCGCAGAUUCUUCGUCAGCGAUGGCCUCCAGUGUUUCCAGCAUGUCUGCCAGUCCCAAGGCUCAGCCGGUAAUGCUGUCCAACCGAACGCCUCGACUUGAGCCGUUCAUGGAGCCUCAACCAUCCGUUUCGAUGAAGACCGACGUUGUGGUGAGCUCCCAGACCGAACAGAAUAGAAUACCGGUGAUGGCAACACCCGAACUGCGUCCGGAGGUAACCGGCAUGACCGUAGGACCAAUGGCAGCGGGUAAACCGGGCGAAGCAGAGACCAAGGUUCAAACUUCUCCAGGGCUGAUGGCACCUGUGCCAGUCCCCACGACAGUAGAGACCCCCCCGGCUCCCCCCGUCAUGCCAACCAUCCCUAAAGUGGACCCGAUGCUGCUGCCGUUGCCCUCCCCAGGUACGGGGAGAGGAAGAGGGCGUGGGAGGGGGCGCGGACGCGGGCGCGGCCGGCGACCGAAGAACGCAGAACCACUGAUGCACUCCUGGAAACUCGAGGACACCAUCUCCCCACAGGUGGCCGACCUGGCUGCCGUGUCCCGUAUGCCAGCCCCCAUGCAGACCCCUGUACCGGAAGCCGUCUCCACCGGCCCGGAAUCUCUCGUGUCCAGCACCACCAAACUCAACUUCGCCUCCAGCCGAAACAACGGACCCGGGAUGGCUAGUCCGGCUGUUUCCUCCACCUCCGUCACUCUUCCCGAGAACAAGUCCCCCUCUCGACCAGAAGUGGUGGACGCACCGACAGCUGUACAGUCCAUGAAAAACUCCUCCAGGCCUCCCAGACCAAGCUUUGGCUCCUUGGAGUCCGCAGAGUCGGAUAAACCAGUAGGAAUAAAGCCGCCGGAUACCAAGUUCGACACUAGCCCAACCACAACGCAGCCAACUCAAGCACAGGCGCCAACCCUCAAACAUGUCCUUCUAAAAGGCAGGACUCCUGAAGUUGCUACCAUGACGUAUCCUGGGGUAGUUGUGACAUCUGCGAUCAGUCAGCAGCAGCAAGUAGUGGAGGGGAUGCCUCAACAGCCUCGCAGAGUGUCAGGAGAAGGCAGAAUAGGUGACGCAGUGCAGGGUACACCCAUGUCACAGCCUCACCACCAGCACCUCCAUGCAACAUCAUCGGGUUUACAGUAUGCCAUGCCUCCAACAACUCUCCCUAUCGAGAGUUCGGACAUCCAGAUGAUCCGGCAAACUCGGCCGCAGAGUGCGCCGUACCUUCCUCCCAACUUCCAGCAUUCGGGAGCCGCCAACCACCUUCACACGUCCUCGAAGCAGAGACAUCCGACGGAGCCAGACCAGAGGAAAACUCCGCCUCACGCGGCACCAGAUCCAAGAGCGAGCCAGUCGCAACACGUCGUAGCCACAUCGGGGCAGCCGGGCAAGAUGGAGGGCACCAGGGUCGUGUACACGCAGGCACAGCAGAUGAUGAUGUCCCAUCCCCAGCUCUCCAAGUCCAGCCAGGCGUACCCAACUGUUACAACCUCCCACAUCCUAGACAGUCGCACGGGGCAGCCUAUAGCUGUGAGCCAAGCCGUGCUCGAGGGAAGAAUCAGCCAGAGCGAAGCGCAGCCUCCGAAGAUGGACACCCGCGGCUUGCCGAUGGAGUAUCACUCUCGGCAGCACAGCCCUGGACACGUCCCGCCCAGGAAGACGUCCCCCGCCAUGCAGGGUAUGGAGUACAGGAUGGUUCACCCCAGCGGACAGGUGCUGUACAACGUUCCCUACGAGCACAUCCGCCAGAUGCACCCGGGCGUUCGCAUGCAGAUGAUUCCCACCAGCAUCCACAUGGUCCCGGGGGUCGGAGAUCAAAGGGCACAGCAGGAGGUGGUGACCUCGCACUCCGGUGUGAGACCCGCGCUCCCCGGCAUGCUCCAUCCACACUACCAGCAACAGGAGGUGAAGGAGGUUCCCACGAGUAGGGAAGCUCUGUCCACAGCUCACCAGGCUGGGCGGCAGCCCUCACCACGCAUGCAGGGUUUGUCAGCCACCCCGGCCACCCCUCCCUCCUCCCACCCCUACACACAGAUGAGGGCAGAGGUCACCACAACACGACCUGACCUGCAGGUGCAGAGGGGAGCGGAGUACGACCCACGCAUGCAGCAGUACAUGAUGAGAGGACCGAUGGGCACCCAGGACAUCCGCAUGAUCCACCCCACCACACAGGUGGUUGUCGGACCGGACGGCAGAAUUGUUGCACACCAGGAGGUCCACCUCGCGCCGGGCAUGCACACGGAGCGUUUCAUCCCGUCUUCAUCGUCCCAGGCGCCCGAGAGGCCGCCGACUGCCGACCGGAGGAUCUCACAGGAGAGCCAGAAGCAGCCGCAGCCGGAGCCUGCAGUUCCCCACUCCACCUCCGCCCAUAGCACGCCCAUCCAGUACAUGGAGAGGAUGCAACAGAUGGAGCAGCAACAGCGCGGCGGACACCCGCAGGAGGCACGCAUACCAUUCCACGAGGGCAGGGCCAUACAGGUGGACACGACGAGCCACGUGGACGCCCGGCUGCAGUACCAGAGAUACGCCGAGCAACAGAGGCUAGUACAGCAGGACGCGCGGGCCCGGAUAGCCCAGGAGUCAGAACAGCGAGCUCUCCCCGGCGUGCCAUACUCCAUGCCAGACUCCCGAGUGGUUCCACACCUGGCACGAUCCCAGGGCAUGGAGCCCACCCCGCGACCGUUCUCCCCACACCACACCAUGAUGACCAUGAGAGAGGCAGCCCAGCAUCGAGUCCCGGAAACCCGGACCCCGGAGACGUUACACCCUGGCGCGGCACCCUCGCCUGCCGUCAUACAGAUGCCGUCCCCUCAGACAAAAUCCCCGGCCUCUUCCUUACCGUCACCAGGCUACCACGUAGGGUCGUCACAGAGUCAGCCCUUCCAUCCGCCAACCCCGGCGUCAACACACCACCCGGCUACGUCGUCCUACCAGCAGCAAGUCGGACGUAAGGAGCCGCCAAAGGACCCGGCGCCGUCCCCGGUCACAUCCACGCAGGCGCCGCAGUUGUCCAGCAGGCCCCCCUCCCAACCCCCGCAGGCUGCGUCCAGACCGGCAGAGAAACACAUGAAUCUGGUGCAGAGGUAUCCUGUGUUCUGGGAAGGUAUGAUUGCGCUGAAGAACGAUGCGUCCUCCGUCCAGAUGCACUUUGUGGCAGGGAACGCCCAGCUGGCCCGACACUCGUUACCCGCGGUGACCGCCGACAGCGGGCAGAGGCCGCUCAGGAUCGCCCAGAGGAUGAGGAUGGAGCCCACGCAACUGGACGGAGUGGACAGAAGAAUGAUGAGUGAUGAGGACUACUGCCUGUUGCUGGCCCUGCCGUGUGGAAGGGACGAGUCAGAUGUCAUUAACCAAACCAGUACUCUCCGCUCCGGCUUCAUCACUUACCUUCAGCAGAAACAAGCUGCAGGGAUCAUCAAUGUUCCUGCUCCUGGGUCCAGCCAGCCUGCUUACGUCCUACACAUCUUUCCGCCGUCGGAAUUCUCCAAGAAACACCUGGGAAGACUUGCGCCCGAUCUGCUGGAGAGUGUCAACGACAUCGCUCACCUCAUGAUCGUCAUAGCAACUGUAUAGUGACCCCUACGACCCCGUCCGCUGCGUAGAAGCAAGACCAGCAUCGACCUAUAACGAAGAAUGAAGCUGUCAAUUGGACCAACGCUCACAAAUAACUAGUUCUAACCAGAUGUUCGUGAGAACACCUACAUUGCUGAGCUGAAGAUUAAGAAGAAAACUAUUGAGAAUCUUGUACAGAAUGUGCAGUGAGGCCAAAAAUCAUGGAACCUAUCUAUUAUAAUUUUGGGAAGUCAGAUUUAAAUGUACAGUCAGUGACAGUUCUCUUGCCGUAUUAGAAAGUCUGCCUUAACAAGUGACGUUUCAGUUUGAAAAUUAACUUCCAGUUCCUGAUUGGCUAGCCAUGGACCAAUCAGAGGUGGCUUUUCAGUGUCAGUGACCACCAAUAUACAGUUAUGUGUGAAAGGCCAUCUCUGAUUGGUUUACUGCUUGCCAAUGGGAAGCUUGUUCAAUGGAACUUGAAGCAUCAAUGUUGUAGUUAAUAGGAGUUUGUGUGCAAAAGUUAGAACUGACCCAAGAAAAAUUCUGCACUGUUAGUGAGUUACAACUGAUAUACUGUACUAUUCUUCAUAGCAAUUGUCAUGUGAACUAAACUACACUGCCAAACUGUAUGAAGUCAGAUGUGAUAUGACAAGUUUGGUGGGGUAGUAACGUCUACAAUGUGUAUCAAGAUUGCCAAGGCAGCUAAAUCGCAGGUUUGAGUUGUGUGUAUGUAUUGAUGAAUUGUCCUCUAUUGCACUUAACGAUUGAACAGCAAACUUCCUUUUCUCCUGACAUCACUAUAGGACAGUUAGAGUACUUGGAUAAACUGUUGUUUUUUGUACACUCUGCUCACGAAAGGAGGAAGACUGAUUUAGGACUUAUUUUCACCUGAUUUUCUGUUGCUUUUUGUUCUGUAAGAAGAGUAUACAAGCUGAUUUGGGGGUGGACGGAGCUGGUGUAGUAACUUUGUUCUGUAACAGACCAAGAUUUGAAGACCAAAUUAUGAAGAAGAUGUGAUAAAUACUAAGUGGUGAGAUAUACCGGUAUUGUGCAGUUUUGCCGAUGUUGCAAUAUAGUAGGCCCUGCUGCAUUUUCUGUAGCCAUGUCGUGAAGUGCAUACCAACUGCUCUGCUUCAAUGUGUCCCUCCCAGUUGUGAACUGAAUAGGAACACCCCUAUUGUCACAGUAGUGCGGUCCAAAAACAGAAGAGACUGAGAGAAAUCUGGGUGAUCUCACUGAAAGAUAGGGGUGAACAGAAAUGGUCACACAGUGUCAGUGUAGAUCUCAUCUACAGUCAAAUUUGGACCAUUUUUGGAGGGGGCAGGUUGGUUUCAGAACUGGGAGGAACAGAAUUACUUCUAAGUAAUGGCAAUAGAGUUAGCCUGCAAUGUGCUUGUAUUCAGUGUACAUUGUGAAGUCCAGUAGUUGACGGCACUUGUAGCACCCUAUUGCUGGCAUAGAGUUAGCGUAGGCAGCCCCAAAGUAGAAAAAAAGAAAGAAAGGUUUAUAAAACCUGAUAAUCGCUGGAGAAAUUAAGAAGAAAUGACAGAAAAUCCAGAAUUUGUAUGUAUAUGUACUACGCAGAAGUUUUGUGAUCAGAGUAUCAAGAUCUAAACCUGUUCUUGGAAUAUAUUUUAUCUUUUGUAUGAUCAUAUAAGACAGUGUGGUGGAAGCAGAGAGUACAGAUUUUACCGUGCAAAUUGUUCAGUGUUAUAUUUUUGAAGAAAUGCUAUGUAUGUAUAAAGUGAAGUAAGUUCUUGGCAGAGGGGUCCGUUAACCGUAGUUGUAAGAGUAGUGAUUAUGUUAGAUUUUUUGGCAGCACCUCAGGGGAGGUGGCUGUUAACUUCUCAUAACUGCUGGAGACAAAUCGUAGAUAGCGGCGAUGGUGUGGCUCAUGCUGACAUGGCACUUACAUUUGUUGCUGACUAACUUUUUUUGUUCUUUCACGGAUGGUGCAAUGAUUGUGAUCGAGAAAAAUGAGUUUAAAACUGCCGUUGCAUAGUUGAUAAUCAAUCAUGUUCAGUGUUGCGUGAGUUACACAGGUAAUUAAUUAAGUGACACAGACUGCCAUAGAGAAAUGAUAUGAUAGAUGUCGGACAAUCCUGCCAAGAACUCUGUAUUCCAUUCUAUCUGGGUGUACAUAAUUCUUUCUCUGAGCGGUGAGGCUCAGUCAGUCGUGUCUCCGCUUGUGCCAGCAGCGGAAAAAACCUUUUGGUAUAAAUCAUCACGAAAUAAAGACCUGGUGCAAGUGAUUAAA